AUGACGAUGUCUCCCCUGCCUCUGGUAAGAAGACGGAGGAGCACAUUGGAGAUAGGGACAUCAUUCGAGAAUCAUUCGCUGAGAUAUCUGAACAAUGAGUUGUAUAUGAAUCUUCGUAGAGUCGGCGGAGCAGGAGAUGGUGGUAUUGAUUUAAGGGGCUGGUGGUGGAUACCCCAUACAGAUACACGUCCAAUCACUUCCUCAUCAAGUGCUCCUACCAAAUCAGAGGUCUUGGUGGGAGAAAGGAACAUCAGGAGGAUAAGGGUUAUAGCUCAAUGUAAAGCUGAAAAGAAACCUCUCGGUCCAAGAGCUGUAAGAGAAUUAGAAGGUGUAAUGUCUGCACUGAAAUUUCGGAUGAAUCGAUGCUCACCCUCGUCCUCUUCAACAUCAUCUGAACAACCCCAGGGCAAUGAAGAUUCCGAUCUGGAGGUGGAGGAACCGGAUGAUCUGCAAGAAAAGGAUAAUAUGGCAAUCUUAAUCUCACAAUCUGGAUUCACGAAAUCAACGAUGAUACAAGCAUCUUCAUCGAAUACUCCACUUAUGUUGGUUCAUCUACCUGGUGGGCAACCUAUGGAUAGUGAAUCUACAUCGACUGUUUCCCAUUCUAGCAUUUCACUCAGUGAUCCGAUUGAAUCAGGAGACGGCUUCAUUGGCAACGCAGGUGGAAGGGAGAGUGAUCGAGAGGGUGAAAUGGGAGAUCAAAUCGAAGUGCAAAGUCUUUGGUGGAAUAAAGCUUUAUCAGAAGGGAUCAUAGGAGGAGCGAUAGAAUUGAGGAAAACUAUAGGGAUCAAAGGUGUAGGAGUGGGAUUAUGGAUGAACGGAAAAAAAUUGGGUAGAUGUAGACCGAAAUCGGAGGGAGAACGGGAUUGA